UUGUCAUUUCCCCAUUUAGUUCUUUAUUAGAUGUACAAGUGUUUCAUUUCAAUAAACAAUGAUAGUAGGCGAGAAGUUUCUUGAACAGAUUUUAGUUUUUUUUUUUUUUGGUGUGUUUGGCUCAAGUGACUAUUGUUCUUAGAGGGGUCUGCUUAGUGAUUGGGGGACACUGCAGUAGAUCUAAGAAAACUUGAUAUUGCGGUGUGGUGGUGCUGAAAAAAUACAAACCCGAAGGAAGAACAAUAAAUUUUAUAUGAGAAAACUCUGUAGUUCCUAGGUGGGGAAAAUUCCACUGUUUCACUGAUAAUUUCCAUUCCACACCCUCUCAUCUGUUUUUCACUGAGAUGAGAUCUUGUAAUUCUACAUUUCCCAUGGUUGAAAAAUAUCUGUGAAUUACUGGGAUGAUGCCCAAUCCAAUUCAGUGUAUUCGGGUACUCCUAGGAUGUAUGCACGCUGUUUUGUCUUACUUUACUGGACUCGUUCUUUACCUCAUUCUGCAAUUCUUCUGAUUUUCAAGCAGUGAGGGGUGGGGGAAGAUGAAUGCAUACAAUGUUUGAUGCAAGAACCUUAUCAUUGUUGGGCCAAAAUCCCACUCCUUGGAACUGCAGCCUAAAGAUCUCAAAUGACUGACCAAAAGAAUUCUGGCAAAUGGAUGCAAAUAAUUUUUCCAUUGCUCCUGAUUUUCUUUUUUAUUGUAUUAAUAUUUUGUCAUCUUUGAUUCUGUGAUGCCAAAUUUGGCUGCACUCACAAUUAUGUGGCUUGUGUUCAAUUGUGCAAGACCUUGUGUACCCGCCUUUGCAGUUCAUCUGUCUAACCAAAUUAUUCUUCUUCGAUCUUAUAGAGAAAUCAGGAAGCAGUUUAUAUACUUUAUGCCAACGGCACAUGCAGGGCGCUUUGGCUAUACGAUGCAUAUAGGUUUGAAGAAGGCAAAGUCACCUGGAAGAGGCUUCGACAUACAUUUAGGUAAAAUGAGAGACAGCACAGUGCUGAUUUGUCACCAAAAUAACAGUGAAGUAGUAGAAGCAUCUGCACCUUCAGUUGAGAAAGAUUUUGCCUCUUCAGUAAAAGCAGCUACUGAAGCUCCUCCAUCGUCAUUUCAAUUCUAUGUCUGGUCAGAUGUGGGAGUUAGUCUUCAUGUUGAUUUAAAUUUGUCCCCAACAGAUUGGACUAAUAGGUUUAGAAACGAGGUUUGCAUAAGUGAGAAUCUGCAUGAAAACAAAUCCCGAAGCCUUUGGCAGGAUCUCAGUGACUUAGCCGAGAAUUCUACACAAGGAAAAUCUUCCUUUCUGUUGAGUACGAAUUCUGGACAAAUUGAUGAGCAUGAUAGUCAGGCCAGGUCUCCCUCAAGCUUGAAACUGACAAAAGAUGGUGCUACAGAUUUAAAUCAACAGAAUACAGAUGGCAGUCCUUUGAUAUGUAAUUCAUUGACUCCAUGCAGCAUGACUGUAAAAGUGAAAGAUAAUUUACAGGAAAAGCAUUCAACUCUCUCAGCUAAAGCUAGAAAUGGUGCACUGAACACUUUUAUUUGUGGUGCUGAAUCUUGUGCUAAAGACAAGUCUAAGAAAAUCAUCGAUUCAGAUGCUACCAAUAUGCCUUUCAUCAAGUCAAUCUGUGAUUCUGUUGUCAAAUCACUGUCAUAUCCUGACAUACUAGAACUUCAAAAUUCAAAACCUGAUAAUGAAUGUUUUGAGGAUUGUGCUCUGCUAAAUGAUUCUUGCUUUGUGAAUCCUAGUUCGGUGUGUGCUGGAGCUUCAGUAAGUAGUUCUGUGGGAGUACAAAACUCAGAAGUUAUAAAUUGUCAUAAAUAUGGAUCAGUUUCACUCUAUGGCAAUGAUGAUUCCCUGGACUUAAGUGAUCCAAAGAGCACUUUUCCUGACAUGGAACAGGGUAGACUUUCCAAAACCGAGAUCGUUUUUGAAACUGAUAGCAACAAUUUCACAUCACUAACUAAUAAAUGGGAGGGUGGCAGGAUUGUUGAUCGAAGGGAGAGUUCAGAAUGCUCCCAAUUUGGUGAUCCACCUAAGAGAUCUAGCCUAGAUUGUGAUGAUCCAGAUUCUAAAAUGGAGCUCAGCAAAAAGAGAAAAAGCAGAGACUCUGAGAUUCAAGUUUCAAAUGGCACGACAAGAGUUUUACGAAGCAUGAAGAAUACUGGUAUGAAGCUGCCCAGAAGAUCCAUGAGGCUAAUCUCCAAGUGAGUUCAUGAAGUGCUUGGUGCGUUAUUUGGGGUAAUAAAUUAGUUCCAGAUUUUUCAACAAGUCAUAAUCCACUGUUCAAAAGUUGAAGAAUGAUAUUUAGUUGCUCAUUAUUUUGGAAGAGGUUAUACCCACAGCAAUUAAAAAGCUAGGUGACAUUUUUGGAAGAUUUCAGUUAUCAAACAACUAAAGAAUGUUCCAUAGUUCUGUCUAUUUUUGGCAUUUAGAAAUGAUAAAAAUCAUUGCUUGUUUUAAUAUUUAUAUUUAUCCUUUAAGACACUAUUUCUGAUCGUAUAUUUAUACGAGAUCAUAUUAUUUACCAUUAAAUUUUCUUAA